AAGGUAUCUCGACUUCACUACCUCGUCCCCGCCAAUGUCGUCAACCCCCACGUCUGCGCCGUCGUGGGCUCGGCCCUCGCGAACCGAUACUCGAUUCCUACGAUCCUAGGCUACAAGGGAGAGGGGUUCAUGGAUGCCCAGAGGGCACACAUCGCCAAGCUACGCGCCAUCCGACAUUACCUGCAAACCUGCAGAGGAGACAAGGACGAUUUGGUCAUCAUCGUCGACGGCUUUGAUGUCAUGGCUCAGUUGCCUGCUGAAGCCAUGAUUGAACGCUAUUUUUCCGUCAUGGCUAAGGAGGAUCAACAGCUGGCUGAUCAACGCGGCAUCUCGGUUGAGGAGCUUCAUGCAAGCGGCAUCAGGCAGACACUUCUUUGGGGAACCGACAAAGGCUGUUUUCCUGAGGGCGACAACGAUCCUCGGUGUUGGCUCGUUCCAUAUUCGACACUCCCUCGCUAUAAAUGGGGCCCAAUGACAAACAACGGCCAACUCAUUUACAGCGACUCUCGCUUCCUUAAUUCUGGAACGGUUAUUGGCCCAUUGGGUGAUUUGGCCAUCUUCAUUGAAGCUGCCUUGUCGGCAAUCGAGGACAACUGGGACCAAGACUACUUCUUUCGCGACUCGGAUCAGUACUACAUCUCUUCCUUGUACGCUCGUCAAGAAUACCAGAGACUUGUCGAUCUCAACGGCGGACGGUUCCCAGAGGAGGUUGGGGACCGCAGUCUACCGAAGAACAAAGAAGGGGAAGACGAUGUGACUGAGUAUCACGUCGUCGUGGACUUUGACUCGUCAUUCACCCAGACUCAAUGUCACAACAACCGUUUCAUCCACAAGCUUCAGUUUGACAACUACGAUCUCACGGCCCACAUCGGACAGGAUGUUCUGGAAGAGGUCUACGAAUCCCUACCCCCCGAUGAUCGACCACAAAUGCCAGCUCGCAAUUGGGUUCAAAGUCUCAAACUCGGCACAAACAUCGGAACACAAAAGAUCUAUGCCUUCUACCACAACACAUGCGACAAGGCUGGCUUUGUCAACAAGUAUCACGAUUCAUGGUUCUUCCCCCUCAUCCGACCUCUUCUACGAUCAGCCGCCAGGGCGAUUCGCGAAAAGAGACCCAUCGGUCCUCGACCUAUUGACGGGAGGGUAUGGAUGCCCGCACGAGAAUAUCCGACGGACAGAGGUCUUUAUGAUGAGUUUGGGGGAGUUUUUACGGACAUGGAGGGGGAAGAGUUUAUUCCUCUCCAGCAGUUCUGUGGUGAUGAUUUAAUAUCGGCGAUUGGCACAGAGGUAGAAUUCCCUUUGAGCAGGCUAGCCUAG